UAUGCUAUGUGGAGUGGAGGAGUACUGGGGAGAAAGUGAUGGACUGCAUGGCUCUCAGGGAUGAGAGGAGAACAGUUUGUUUCUUCUUUGUCUGUGUGUGAUAGGCAACCCCCUCAGGAAUGUGGUGAUGGAAUCUGAUAAGGAGAAUAGCCAGCUGGGGGAGGAGGAUUCUGAAGAAAGAACGGCGAUAAAUACUCAUGUUUUUGUUCUGAGCGGGGAGUUGGUCAAAUCCUGCUGUAGGACUUGAUGACCCGGCAUGCUGUAACUUUUUCAUAUCUGAUCAAUAAAUAUUCAAUUUAGAUAUUUGUGUCUUUCUCCAUUGAUGAACACGCUUUGGACACUUUAAAGUCCAACAAUUGGUGACCGCCGACGUUCUUUGGAGGGAAAAGGAGAUUAAGAGAAGUUUCGAAUUGCCUAAGAUCGAGUAAGGGAGGGCUCCAUUUCAACACAAAAGACCGGUCUUCUAAAAUAAAGGUAAGCAGAAACCUGUUAUAUCAAAUUCUGCUAUUGGGCAUAUACCAAAUUAAUUGUGUUGAUAAGGAGAUCCAAACUGAAAGUAAUAAAUAAUUGAAUACAAGAUCAGAUUGAAAAACUUAAAAGAAUGGGAGUAAUAAGUUUGGGUUAGAGGCCUUUAAUGUACUAGACAUUAUAAAGUAAUAAGUUUGGGUUUGAGUCCCUCGGGUUAAAGUCCCGUAAAGGUAAAUUGUGGUUGGAGUCCAUUAAUGUAUUAGACAUUAUAAAGUACCAACUGGGUUAAAGUCCCUCGGAUGAAAGUUCCGUAAAUUCUUUGUUUAUUGUUUAUUUUGCCUGGGUUGAGUUGUUCAAAUUGAUUUGCUGGUUUGAGUUGUCCAAUUUGAGUUUUUGUGAUUAAUCGUGUUGGUGAAAUUUUUAUGUAUUGCUUUGACAUAUUGCUGUGAAGUUGUUAUUUUAUGAAAAUCAUAUGAAAGAUGGCUGAAUUUCAGAAAGAAUGCGAUGAAUAUGGUUGUUCAUCAGUAUAUGUACAAUGGCAAAAGGUGAUUAAACUUAUGAUGGCCCAGACAGACCCAAGAGAUGUUAAGAAAAGACAAAAAGAGGUUGAAUUGGGCUGGAAAAUAUUGAGAGAUGAGAAUUGUUGGGAACCAGAAGAGAAAAAAAGGGUUCCAUUAGCGCCGAUUAUUUUUGCUAUGGAACAGAGAAUUGUGCACAAAAUCAAUGAAGUGAAGGGUAAAGGUAAAUGGUAUAGAAAGGAAAAAAGGAUUAAAGACUUAGAAAAAGAAUUGAGAAUGUGGACCAGAAUGGCAUUGGUAACAGCCGCAGCUCAGGCCAUUAGUAAGAAGAGAGGGGAAGUUGACAGUGGUGCUGCUGCCAAGCAACAGGAAAUAGAACUAGGAAGCGCUCAGCCAAUACCCCCCGUUCCGCCCACAGCUCCGCCUAUAACUCCUCCUAAAGUAAAACCACUUUACCCCUCCCUCCAUACACCUCCCCCUUAUGAGAAGGAAUCUGUUGUAAUUCCCAUGCAGCAGCCAAUGAUGCAAGUGAAUGGAGGUGAAUUGGACAUAGACAUGGGGGAAUUAAAUGGUCUAAGGAAUGAGUUAGUACAAUUGAGAAACAUAAUUCUAAAACAAGACAUGGCAAACAAAAGGGCCAUCAGUGAAACAGGGAGUGCAAAUAAAAGGGCUCUGAGUGAAAAUAGUGUAACACAACUAGUUGACCAGAGUAAUAAUGGAGGGGAAAAUAGUAGCAGUCACAGACACAAUACUGAUGUUAAGGGAGGAAGUGACUCUGAAAGUGAAGAUGGAAGUGUAGUUAGUGUUUCUUCAUACAGGCGACUGGUAUCAACACCAGGAAGACCAAACACGUUAACACUAGCUAAUAACCCACACGAGACCGAGACUGAGGUAAACAUGCCAAUGGAUGUGAAAAUAGAGGGCAAAAUGAUCAUAACACAGGGCUCACCUCCAAUGGCAAGGGCAUCUAUACCACAAGGUAGUGGGCCAGGUAGACAGAAAAAGGGGUUAAGAAAGCCUGCAGGAGAACCAUAUGAUGGGCCAGCGAGCAACACCAGAUCCAAAGAUAAGAGUAGGGUAGACGUAACAGUGGAUGAGGUUUUCCAGGCAUGGAUGUUGGAACAAGAACAGUCAAUGAGGUCAGAACAGCCAGCAAGGUCGGGCCCAUAUUCCCAGUUGGCCAGUAAUAACAUGCCUCUGAUAGCUAAAUCGGGUGGUGACAAAUACCAAGCUUGGUCUCAUAGUGAUUUAACUGCCAUUAUGAGUAAACUCCCACCUAUCACCAGUGGUGGCGGCAGAUGGUUAAAUAAAUUAACCACGCUAUGUCAUGGCACAAUGCUGGCUUUGGGUGACAUCAGAUGCCUGUUAGGUCAGAUCCUGACCAAUGCACAAGUAAAAGAUUUUGAACAAAAUGCCAAUAUAAUAUUGCAUGACAAUGACACGCCAUAUACCACUGUGAGCACUGUAAUAGGCAAGGCUCUGAGGGUUCAGUUUCCUACUCCACCAACCGUAUACCAAAAUAUUAAAUUUAAAAUCAAACCAGAUGAGACAGGUGCAGCAUAUUAUUUCAGAUGCACAGCUGAAUGGGAACAGCUAACUGAAGAGAACGGUAUUAAUAACCCGGUCACCAGGGAUGUCUUUAGGUCAGCAGUAAUGGCAGGGGCCCCACCCAGUGUUAAGCAGAUCAUGGAAAACAACCCAGACAUCCCUGCAGCGACAAAUGAGGUAUGGGAGAGACAUCUCAUAUAUCAUACAGAUAGAGCCCUUGAAAAAUCAAGUAAAGAGCUAGCUGAGGUAGAUAAAAUAAAAAAUGAGCUCCUAAAACUGCAGCUGGAACAGGCCAAACAAGCAAACACAAAGAAGAAGCAAAUGCCACAGCAGGCCCAACCAGAUACCACCACAGGUACACCUAAUGCACCACAAACUACCCAACACCCAAAUUCAUAUCCCAAUGGCCCACAAGGCCCAUAUACAGGACCACCAUACAGAGGAAACCCAUGGGGAGGGUAUCAGCAGAAUAGGGGAGACUCAAGGGGUAGGGGUGGAGCAGGUAGGGGUGGUUAUGGUGUAAUUGGUAUGAAUGCAUGUUAUGUGUGUGGACAGGAGGGUCAUUGGGUACGCAAUUGUCCCAUAGCAUGGUCACAGCCCCAAAAUUCCAGUGCUAGCUCACACAAUGGACCACCUGCAGGGGGAUGGGGUCCCCGAAGAGGUGAGGCCGGCCGUGGAGCUGGUGGCUAUGGCAGGGGGCCACCUAGACAGCACAACCUCCCACAACCAAAUUUUAUGGCGCCUAUGCACCCAACAUGGGGCCAAGGGGGUGGGGUGGAGGAAUGGUCAGGGUUCAAGGUGAGCAGGGAGAAGCUGCAGAUAUGCAGACAAUGCGUCACUUUUAUGGGUAGGAUGGUAACGGCACAGGGCUCCACACUGACACCACAACAGAGACAAAGCAUCAUGUCUCACCCAAGACCAGAGACUGUGAAGGACAUGUUGUCAUUUUUAGGCCUGACUGGCUUCAGCAGACAAUAUAUACCCAUGUAUGUGUCUGCUACUGCACCUUUAAGAGCAUUAGUGAGAGAACAGGGCAUGAAAAACCUAAGGGCAGAGUUAAUGUGGACCCCAGAGGCAGAAUCAGCUUUCAUUUCACUAAAAGCACAGUUGUCGCAGGCAGCUCAUCUUAAUUGUGCAGACUAUGCCAAACCAUUCAUACUGGAUGUAUCUGAAACUCAAAACAGUGCCCAUGGUGUGUUGUAUCAGAAAACAACAGGGGGACGAAAGGUUUUGAUGUACAGUAGUGUUUUGUUGGACCCCAUUGAGCAGAGACAGCCAGCAUGUGCUCGCUACGCGGCAGGGUUAGCCAAAUUGAUAACAAAAACAUCUCAUAUUGUAAUGGGUCACCCGUUGACCAUUCUCACUACUCAUUCUGUAAUGUCAUUUGUCAAUUCAACUGCUUUCACUUUCUCACCUCUCAGGCAAAGAAAGCUGGCCAAGAUUUUGGCUAGCCCCAACGUCACAUAUGUGCAUGAAGGUGUUAACAUGGCUGACUUAAUCACUGAAGGAGAGCCUCAUGAUUGCAUACCUUUAACUGAGAAAGCCAGCAAAAUUAGAGAUGGCCUCUUUGCAGUACCGCUGCCAACUCCCCCACCAGCAAUGACAUUGUUCACAGAUGGUUGUUGUUUCAGGGCAUCGGAUGGUACAUUAAAGGCAGGGUUUGCUGUGGUUGAACAGGUUGAGGGUGAUUUUGUGACUAGAGUGAGUGGUAAAUUGGAGGGUAAGCAGUCAGCGCAGAGAGCUGAAAUGAUAGCUGUAAUCAAGGCCUUGCACUAUGCUGGUGAAGAGAGGGUAACUAUUUAUAGUGACUCUGCAUAUGUGAUAGGAGCUGUACAUGUAGAGCUGCCUGUGUGGCAGAGAUGUGGAUUUGUUACAACAACAGGCCGGCCUAUAACUCAUGCUAGCGAAGCCAGAGACCUAUUGCAGGCUCUGAUGAUUCCUGAUGAAGUGGCUGUGGUGAAAUGCCAGGGACAUGAUAAAGCAAACUCAGUUAUUGCUCGUGGAAAUGACGCUGCUGAUUGCGCUGCCAAAAAUGCUGCCGGGUACACAGCCACACAAUUUGUUGUGACCUCAGACAAAACAAAAUCAGACAUAUUACCACGUUUCACUCGUGAAUACUUGAUAAAGGAACAAGCUGGUUCCUCACCUGAUGAAAAGAAUGCUUGGAGAGACCAUGGUGCUGUUCGUGCCGAUGACGGCCUGUGGCAGGCCCCGGAUGGGAGACCUGCCAUGCCCAUGUCACUCUGUGACUCAUUGUUUAAACAGGUGCAUACAGCGAGUCAUGUAUCUGACAAACAGAUGUUACGUGAUCUUCAGUAUUGGUGGCAUCCAUUUUUGACGUCUAUGGUGGCCAAUUACAUUAGAUCUUGUGAAGUGUGCUGUGAACAUAAUGUGAAGCCCACUGUUAAGCCCCAGAGAGGGUAUUUUCCAAUCACAACAGGACCUGGGGAUGAAAUCAUUAUUGAUUUCACUGACAUGAUAACUGGAGUAAGAGGGAAAAGAUAUGUUUUGGUGAUCGUCGAUUCGUUCACUGCCUGGCCUGAGGCCUAUCCGGUAGGCAGAGAAGACAGCACAGCUGUCAUCAAAUGUCGACAGUUUCCAGGCCCAAGGAAUGCCUUGGUGCAGGACCCAAUCCUGCCAUUAACUCAUGCUGCUUAUUUUGACAAACUAACUGCUCUGAUUAAACAUUUUUCCUGCCAGGCUACCAGACAACGGGACUGGGACAACGACCCAGCCCCUAGCCAGGCUGAUUGGGUGAGAGUGAAGGUGUUCCGGAGGAAGUGGAACGAACCCAGAUGGUCCAAACCGCUCAGAGUGACUGCCAGAACGUCACAUUGUGUGCAGCUACAGGGAAAAGGCGAAACCUGGUUCCAUCUCUCUUCUUGUGUUCCAUGUGAUUCUCCUUCUAGGUCUCUGACAGAUACAGGGGUGGACCUGAGGACUCAGGUCCAAGAGAGGGAGAGUGUUGAAGGUGAAAGUGCUAUAAGUGCUACAGAACAGAGAGAACAGAGAGAAAUUGAACCAACAACAUUGGUAACACCAACACAACAUCAACAACAAAGUCAACAAACAGUUUGUAAAAUUUUGUACAAAACAGGUGACCUUUUUUCCAGUCCAAUAACAGAGCCUUUAGCACACUGUGUUAGUGCAGAUUGUGCAUAUGGAGCAGGUAUAGCCGUACAAUUCAAGGCAAAGUACGGAAUACAAAAGGUUUUAAGUCAGAACAAACACACAGGUGAAUGUGCAGUUACCCAUGAGGACGACGGCAGACUGAUUUUUCAUUUAAUAACCAAACAAAACUGUACUGAUUUACCAACAUAUGAGAAUUUUACCCACAGCCUCAGAUGCAUGAGAGAUUGGUGUGAGAAAAAAGGAAUAACAAGUGUAUCUACUCCCCGGCUGGGGUGUGGGUUAGAUAAAUUGGACUUCCAUAAGGUGGUGGAGAUCCUGACAGAAGUGUUCAGGGACCUGAACAUCACAAUUACGGUUUAUUCAUUGUGAAUGUCAUCUAAGUUUUAAUUUUACUAUUAUUAUCGUGUUACUUCCUUUUAAUUUUGUAUUAGUAUUAUCGUUUUACGUCUUUUACUAUACUCCUACCUUUUAUCAAGUAUUAAGUUUAAGAGUGUUUUUUGAAUUUAGCCAAUAGGCAUACGUGUAUUUUUCCACAGAGAUGAAGCUGUGUGGGAAUUGGAAGGUUCUGUGGGCCCUAGGGGUUAUAACUGCAAUUAUAAUUAUCAUGAGAUUCGGCAUAAACUAUGGAGGUAAUCUGAAAAAUGACAAAAGGUCCAAAACAACAUCACAAGAUCAGUGUUUAAACAGAUAUGGGGGAAUUGAAUUAAAUUACAUAAAAAAUUCAAAGACAUCAUACACCUUUGAUUUAUGCAAUGUGAUAGACUGUGGAGGGAAGAAUAGCUCAUGGAGGGGAUAUGAUAUAUACUUGUGUCUGGAUAUUAUGACCACACUGUGGUGUCGGGAGCGAGGCUAUGAUGACAGAUCAUGGUGCCCAAGAUGGAGUAGUGUAGUGGCUUAUACGGGAACAUGGGAUCUCCUAAAGAGGACGGGUACAGAUGGGGAAAUGUGGGAAAACUUAAAAAUACAAAGAGAUUACAGUCCAGUUCAAAAUCCUGUUACCAUGUCAAUAGGAGAGUGGAGCAGGUUACCCCGGGGAGGCACAGCUAUGAGGUAUGGGGAAAAGGAGGAGACCACUAUGUGGUUGGUAAUAGGUGCAGAUGUAGAUGGAACAGACCCUAAGGGUCUUAUAAAAAUAAACAUUAUAGAAUCAGUAGAACCCAAUACAAUCGCGACCGCAGAACUGCCUGACCCGGUGGAAAAGAAACAAGCUAAUGAAAUCAUUGAAAUAGAUUAUACCAAACUAAAACCAGAAGACAUAAUAGAGAUGGCCACAGGCUAUGGGGAAACCAAUUUAUGGCUGGAAUGGAUCAUUUCCACGGCCAGAGAACAGAAACUAGAAGAUUGUGUAGGCUGUGCUAGAGGUAGACCGGUACUAUAUACAGAACCAGCUCCCCUUUACCCGGAAGACCCGUGGGGUUAUGAGUGCAUGCUAGCAUUAACUAAAGAGGCCUCUCCAAAAAACUGCACGACCUUAUCCUCAGUUUUUCCACCAAUAGGUAAUAACUCGAGAGCGGGACCAUUUAGGCCCCAUAUAGCCAAUUACACCUGUUUUAAUUUCACCAGGACCAAUCCAAAAAUUAAUCUGGGAACCAUUGACCCCGGGUGGUGUAAUAUCACCUACCAAGACAAUGGGUCCAUGGUUGGAGGAUGGGCCAGGUCAGGAAUAUAUUAUUAUUGUGGGAGUCAAAGGUUAGUAACUAAAAUCGAACACUCAUCUAAAGGAACAUGUGCCAUGGUAAGGUUGGGGGCACCAAUAGUUUUAAUAGGAGGAAAAGCUGUGAAGCUCCAAUCACAACCUAAUGCCAUUACUGCCAGACGACGUAGGCAUGUUCUAGCUAAAAGAGCAGCAAAAAGAAAUGUAGAUUUGUCAUUAAAUAGUCCCACAUACAUCGAUGCAAUAGGUGUGCCCAGGGGUGUACCUGACGAAUACAAAUUAGCUGACCAGAUAGCUGCCGGAUUUGAAAAUAUCCCAAUAUUAUCGGCCUUCUUUCCAGUUACCCCGAAUAAAAACGUGGAUAGGAUCAAUUAUGUGCAUUAUAAUGUUAUGAGAUUAGCGAACAUGACCAGAGAUGCGGUGGACGGCCUAGCAGAACAAUUGGCACCCACUUCUCUUAGGGCAGUUCAAAAUAGAAUGGCCCUAGAUAUGCUGUUGGCCGAAAAGAAUGGCGUAUGUCAUUUAUUUUCUGAUUUUUGUUGUACGUACAUUCCGAAUAAUACAGCGCCGGACGGGUCAGUGACCAGGGCAUUAGAAGGACUUAAAACCCUGUCCAUAGAAAUGAAAGAAGCCUCCGGCGUCGAUAACCCUAUAUCAGACUGGCUAGAUAAAACCUUAGGUAAAUGGAAAGCCAUAGUAACCUCCAUAGUAGUGUCCAUCGGUGUGUUUGUGGGAAUUUUAGUGACCUGUGGAUGUUGUUGUGUCCCUUGCCUACGAUCUCUGUGUAACAGGUUGAUAGUGUCUGCCAUUGAGAAGAAAGAGAACAACCCACCCCCUUAUAGCAUGCCGCUAUUAGGCCUACAGAACCUGGAGGAUGAUGAGGAGGAACAAGUGUGACCUCUUUCAGAGGUCAAGAGAGGGAAUUGUGGGAUUUUAAGGUCAUAUGUUUGUCAAUAAGUUUACUUAGAAGUGUUUUCAAUAAUCAUUAUAGCAUGUUGAAGUAAAAGAUUGUUUGUGUUUGUUUGAGAGAAUGGAAAGUCACUGAGAGGGAGCAGUUUGGGUGUGCAAAAGCUCCAAGGCCAUGGUUUUGGUUGAAUUAGCUUGGAAUGUGUACAGCUGGUGUUGGUCAAGAUAAGAGUGAGGCCUGAGGGAGAAAAGCAAACAGUCAUUCAUGUUAUUAACCAAUGUUUUAAUAUUUACAGGAUAAAAUAUGCAAUGUAUUUCUUACUUAAUCAGUAUUAAUCAUUGAAUAAUUGAUGAAAUAAAUAUAAGAUGUUGUUUUGAUAAAUGUGUAUUAACCAAUGAAAUAAAGGUUGCAUACAGAAUAACCUAAAUGGGGGGCAUGGCAGCUCAACCUUGAAGAACAGAAUCUCUUGCGCUUGUUCUUUAUGUGUGUGUGUGUGUUUUCUUCCCUAACAGAUGGUUUUCAAAAAUGAUUAAAGUGUUUGCUUAGAAGUAGUAUUGCAGUAUAAGAUUUAAUAUGUGUUUAUCUAUCUAAAGAAGUUAAUGUGUGCCUCAUUCACAUAACCAAUUUUACGAAUAAUGAAAUGAUGUUAUGAUAUUGAAAUGUGUUUUACAUAAUAAUCAUUUUCAUCUUACAACUUAUGUCUUUUUAUGAAUAAAUGAAUGUUUUAUUAAUGACCUGUUUUAAGAAAGCAUUAUAAUAUGCUAUGUGGAGUGGAGGAGUACUGGGGAGAAAGUGAUGGACUGCAUGGCUCUCAGGGAUGAGAGGAGAACAGUUUGUUUCUUCUUUGUCUGUGUGUGAUAGGCAACCCCCUCAGGAAUGUGGUGAUGGAAUCUGAUAAGGAGAAUAGCCAGCUGGGGGAGGAGGAUUCUGAAGAAAGAACGGCGAUAAAUACUCAUGUUUUUGUUCUGAGCGGGGAGUUGGUCAAAUCCUGCUGUAGGACUUGAUGACCCGGCAUGCUGUAACUUUUUCAUAUCUGAUCAAUAAAUAUUCAAUUUAGA